AUGACUGCAUCACCAGUGACGUCCACUUGGCAAUCGAGCCCAAUAAAAGACCUACAACAACGACUCAAGAAUAAUUCUCUUGAAUGUUCCUUCCCUCUCGAUUUAUCCCAAGAGCUACUGCUUUUCGAUUUUGUCGUCAAAUUACUACAUAAACCCACCAAGUUAGUAAAAUCCGACACAAGAAAUAAUUCUAAU